AGAAAGACACAGAACAUCUCUAAAAACAGGGCCAGCUGGCAAACUGACACACUCUGAAACACUCACAUGCAGCAUGAGUAGGGCUGAGGGUCUGUAGAUAAGAGGACAUUCCUCUAAACUCCACCAGAGAGGUUUUAUUUAUAGACUCCAGCAGCAGUGACCAUAAAAGCUGUGUCAUGCUGGGCAAGAACAGAUGAGACUACAUUAAAGAGGCUGCAUGAUGCUGUCAGUGUGGGGUUCAAUCUGGACCCGGAGCUGAAGGCGACAGAAGAGAUGCUCUGGGAAGCUCUGGAGAUUGCUCAGCUGAAGCCUAUCGUUAAAUCGCUGCCGGGAGGCCUGGAUGCCAUGGUAACAGAGGGAGGAGAGAACUUCAGUCAGGGUCAGAGACAGCUGUUCUGUCUGGCCCGAGCCUUCGUCAGGAAGAGCAGCAUCCUCAUCAUGGACGAAGCCACUGCGUCCAUCGACAUGGCAACGGAGAGCAUCCUGCAGAAGGUGGUGAUGACCGCUUUUGCUGACCGGACAGUGGUCACUAUAGCACAUCGCGUCCACACCAUCCUGAAUGCCGACCUGGUGAUUGUGAUGAAGCGGGGGGUGAUCCAGGAGUACGACCGGCCCGAGGCCCUGCUGGAGAAGGAGGACAGCGUCUUCGGAGCCUUCGUGCGAGCAGACAAAUAGCACAAGAACAGAAAGUGAGAAGAAGCAUUAGAGGAAGACAUUCAAAGUGCAAUUGUCCCAUGAAAGAUAUAUAAGAAGAUAUAUCUUUUUAUUUUUUAAUCA